AUGAUUUCCGACGACGACCUCUACCGCCUUGCCAUCUUCCUUGGUUCGGUGGCCAUGGUUCUCAUUGUUGUCUAUCAUUUCUUUGAAGUCAACUCGGAGGAUAGCGCGCUGGCCGAGAAAGCUGUCAAAGUACAGCCUGCGCAACAAGCCCCGGCCGUGGGAAAGCAGUCGAACGUGGCAAAAUGA